AUGGCCGCGAAAUCUGACGGUACAACCGUCUCUCUACGAAACGAAAUCCCACCCGAGUGUCCUCCCAGGUCGGACCCGCGGCCUCCCCAGCGCCCUUCCGCAGAGCAGCGCUACUCGCUCCCGGACUUCUGCUGGACGCUGUGCGCCCUUUUGGUCUUCUUCUCGGACGGGGCCUCAGACCUGUGGCUGGCCGCGGACUACUACCUAAGGAGGGACUACUGGUGCUUUGCACUGACUCUCGUCUUUGUGAUAGUUCCGUCCGUGGUCGUGCAAGUGUUGAGCUUCCGAUGGUUCGCCUACGAUUUCUCGGAAAGCUUAGAGAGCGGCACGGCUGCCGCAGCCGUGGUGGCGGCGUCGGGAGCGGAGGAGAGCGACUUCAGCACCAAGGACAGCGGCGAGCGGGGCGCUGGCCGCACUGCUGCGGCCGGGGUGCUGCCUGGGCCGGGCACCGGGGGAGGAGCCCGGGGCUGCUGCAGAGUCUUCAUGUGGCUCUUCCAGGCCAUCAUUCACAUCUUUCAGCUGGCACAGGUCUGGCGGUACGUCCACGCCCUGUAUUUGGGUGUGCAGAGUCGCUGGCACAGAGACCCCGAGCGCCGUCACUACUACUGGUGCAUGAUGUUUGAGAGCGCCGAUAUCAGCAUGUUGCGUCUGCUUGAGUCCUUCCUGAAGAGCGCCCCUCAGCUGGUGCUGCAGCUUAGCAUCAUGAUCCAGGCCAGUCAAGUGCUGCCCCUUCAGGGGCUUUCAGCUUCUGCCUCACUGAUAUCCCUCGCCUGGAUGAUCGCCUCCUAUCAGAAAGUCUUGAGAGACUCCCGAGACGAUAAGCUACCCAUGACCUACAAAGCCGUCAUAGUUCAGAUUCUGUGGCACCUGUUCACCAUCGGAGCCCGCACUCUGGCCUUCGCCCUGUUUGCCUCUGUGUUCCAGCUUUACUUUGGCAUCUUCAUCGUGGCCCACUGGUGCAUCAUGACGUUUUGGAUAAUUCAAGGUGAAACGGACUUCUGCAUGUCCAAAUGGGAGGAGAUCAUCUAUAAUAUGAUGGUGGGCAUCAUGUAUGUUUUCUGCUGGUUCAGUGUGAGAGAGGGGCGCACUCGUUGUAGGAUGCUGAUCUACAGCCUGACUGUGUUCAUUGAGAAUGUGGCGCUCACCACUGCCUGGUACCUCUACCGCAGCCCUCGUACCUCAGACUUCUACGCCGUCAUCAUGGUGUGCGUGGUGGCCAGCAGCUACGCUCUGGGCACCUUCUUCAUGUUUGUGUAUUACUGUCUGCUGCACCCUGACGGCCCGGUCUCAGGGUGGGGUUAUAUUGUGGAGAAGGAGCUGCCUGUGGAGUCGCUGGCCUCCCCAGUUUCCAGCCUCCCGCCAGACCUGGUGAGCAGCCCCCCUAGGACCCUUCAGAGAACUAAAGGGUCUGACAGAGAGCAGGGGACUGGGGUAGAUGGAGACGUGUUUCAAGUACGACCACCUCGGGGAGCUCAGGUUGCAGUGCCCAACCUAACACCCAGGACAGAGGGACCUGUCAUCCGAAUAGAUCUGCCCAGGAAGAAGUACCCCGCCUGGGAUGCUCACUUCAUCGACCGCCGGCUGCGUAAAACCAUCCUGGUGCUUGAAAGCGCUGCCCCGGUCACGCCAAGGAUUCAGUACCGCUGUCUGGGCACACCCAAAGAAGUGAUGGAGUAUGAGACCACUGUGUGAUGUGCUGAAGGUGCUGUGACUCAGCUCGCUGCCAUGUGGACGCCCUGCCUUAAAUAAAAUGGCAGGUGGAUGACUCUCCCUGAGCAGCCUGUUUUCAGCUCCACGCCUACUUGGUUGCUCUCGGUACUGUCAAGAAAUGGAGACAAACAGAAAGGGAAUGGUGGAACAGAAAUGGUGUCUAUUUUUUACAAAGACAAAGUGCUGUGAUGUUGUCUAAUGAUGGUGCAUAUUUUGGUUUCUGUAUCAUUUCUCAGGUCAGGGUGUGGUACAGGAAGAGGUCGAUGUUGGCAGCAAAGUCUGCUGUCCAGUGAACUUAGAGAGAAGCACAGGUAGGCGGAGAAGUGGAGCUUAUCAAUCAGAGGCACAAAGUCCUCCUCGGCUGAAGGUGCUUCAGCACGCCCUCUCAAGGCGGCCGACAACAGAGACAGGGCUUCAACAUGCAUGAUUAUUUAUGGCAGCUAGAAGUGAAACAUCACUGAACAUGAUGUAGGAGAGUGAGUAUGAGAGGAUAUGGUAAAACUCGCACUGUAAUU